AUGGGUAAGCAAGGCUUCUACGUCAGCAAGGCAUUGGCCGUCGUGUUCAUCGUGCUGGGGUUGGGGGCCUUGGCCACCAUCAUCGCCCUGUCGGUGGUCUACGCUCAGGAAAUGAACAGGAACACGAAUGGAGGGACGAAUGGAGGGACGGGGACCACCACCACCACCAAGCCCCCCGUCACCAGCAACCGCCCCGUCACCACCAAUCCCCCCGUCACCAGCAACCGCCCCGUCACCACCAAUCCCCCCGUCACCAGCAACCGCCCCGUCACCACGGCGGCCCCCUCCAACGAACCCUGGGACCAGUACCGACUGCCCAAGAGCCUGGAGCCCACCCACUACAGCGUGACCCUGCACCCCCGGCUCAAAGCACAGGAGGGAACUGGGCUCUACAUCUUCACAGGUGAAUCCUCCGUGGACUUCCAUUGCAAAGAGGAGACCGACCUCAUCCUCAUCCACUCCAACAAGCUGAACUACACCAGCAAGGCGGGCGGAGAGUGGGCGGAGCUCACCGUGGUGUCCGGCGCAGACACGGCUCCCACCAUCACUGAGUCAAGGCUGCAGACCGAGACCCAGUACCUGGUCCUGACUCUGGACAGGAAACUAACCAAAAACGCCGAAUACCGCUUGACCACCACAUUCACAGGAGAGCUGGCCGAUGACCUGGGGGGCUUCUACAGGAGCGAGUACGUUGAGAAUGGACAGAAAAAGGUCAUAGCCACCACUCAGAUGCAGCCGACGGACGCCAGGAAGGCGUUUCCCUGCUUCGACGAGCCGGCCUUGAAAGCCACAUUUGACAUCACUCUGAUCCACGACGCUGGGACCGUGGCUCUGUCCAACGGCAAGGAGAUCUGUGAGUUCCCGGAUCGGGGUCCAUCCUCUCCUGAAACCAUCGAGGGCAACAGCGUGAUGAGGACGGUUUUCGAGCGGACUCCGAAGAUGUCCACGUACCUGCUGGCCUUCAUCGUCAGUGAGUUCGGAAACAUCACCGACACCGUGGACGACGUUACGAUCAAGAUCUACGCCCGCAAACCGGCGAUUGACGCUGGUCAGGGAGACUACGCCCUGAAAAUAACUGGACCCAUCCUGAAGUUCUUUGAGAAUUAUUACAACUCCAGCUACCCUCUGCCCAAAUCUGACCAGAUCGCUCUGCCGGACUUCAACGCCGGCGCCAUGGAGAACUGGGGUCUGAUCACCUACAGAGAGACGGCGCUGCUCUACGACCCCGAGUUCUCGUCCAACAGCAACAAGGAGCGCAUCGCGACCAUCAUCGCCCACGAGCUGGCCCACAUGUGGUUCGGUAACCUGGUGACCCUCCGAUGGUGGAACGACUUGUGGCUGAACGAAGGCUUCGCGUCUUACGUGGAGUAUUUGGGAGCAGACAACGCCGAACCCGACUGGGGCCUGAAAGACCUCAUCGUGCUGAACGACAUUCACCGCGUGUUCGCCGUGGACGCCCUGGCCUCGUCUCAUCCCCUGUCAUCCCCAGAGGACGCCAUCCAGAAACCAGCACAGAUCAGCGAGCUGUUCGACGCCAUCUCCUACAGCAAGGGGGCGUCGGUCCUCAGGAUGCUGUCGGACUUCUUGACUGAGCCUGUUUUCCUCAAGGGGCUGCAGACGUACCUACAACAAUUUGCGUUCGGGAACACCGUCUACACCGACCUGUGGAACCACCUGGAGCAGGCCGUGCAGGACCUUGAGUUCAACCUCCCGUUCAACGUCACGGACAUCAUGAACACCUGGGUGCUGCAGAUGGGAUUCCCCGUGGUCACCGUCGACACCACGACCGGCAUCGUGACCCAGAAGCAUUUCCUGCUCAACCCCGACUCUGAAAUUACCACUGAGUCCCCCUUCGAGUACAAGUGGAUCGUUCCCAUCAAGUGGCAGAAGAACGGAGCCGAACAGCCGAUGGAGUGGUUGAGAGAAGAAUCAGAAACCAAACCAGAGAUGAAGCUUGGCGGGAGUGACUGGGUGCUGCUGAACCUCAACAUGUCGGGUUACUACCGAGUGAACUACGAUGACGGGAACUGGGACCGCCUGCUGAACACCCUCAGCAACAAUCACGAGGCCAUUCCUGUGAUCAACAGAGCUCAAUUAGUGGACGACGCCUUCAACCUGGCCAGAGCAAAGAUCAUCCCCACGGUCCGAGCCCUCAGCACCACCAAGUACCUGACAGGAGAGAUGGCGUACAUGCCAUGGAAGUCGGCCAUCAACAACCUGGAGUUCUUCUUCCUCAUGUUCGAUCGCUCGGAGGUCUUCGGCCCGAUGCAGAAAUACCUGCAGAGACAGGUCCAAAAUCUAUUCACACACUACAACAACGCCACUGCUGGCUACACAGCAGACGCUGUUGGACACCAGAACCAGUACACCCAGGUCAACGCCUUCAGCCUGGCCUGCAGGACCGGUCUGACCGAGUGCCAAAACCUCGCCAGCACAUUGUUCAAAGACUGGAUGGCCACCGGCGUUAACAAAAUCCGUCCCAACCUGCGCACCACUGUGUACUGCAACGCCAUCGCGGCCGGAGGCGUCGACGUGUGGGACUUCGCUUGGGGGCAGUUCCAGAAGGCCACGAUCGCCACUGAGGCAGAAAAGAUCCGUUACGCGCUGACGUGCACCAAGGAGUCCUGGCUGCUCAACAGGUACCUGGAGUACACACUCAACCCCACCCUGAUCCGCAAGCAAGAUGCAACCUCAACCAUCAUCUACAUCGCCGAAAACGUGGUCGGCCAGAACCUGGCGUGGGACUUCAUCAGGGCUCGGUGGCCCUACAUCUUCUCCCAGUACGGAGGCGGGUCCUUCUCCUUCUCCAACCUCAUCAACGGCGUCACCGAGCGCUUUUCUACCGAGUACGAGCUCCACCAGCUGGAGCAGUUUAAGGCGGAUCACGCUGAGGUGGGUUUCGGCUCCGGGACGCUGGCCUUGGAACAGUCCAUCGAGAGAACCAAAGGAAACAUCGAGUGGCUCAAGGAAAACAAGCAGACCGUCUUAGAAUGGUUCCAAAAGGAAGUCUCUGCAUCUCCCUCCUCAUAGUUCUGACGCCAAACUGAUUUUUCCCGCUGCUUAAGCUUUUAUUAUUAUUUAUCAUCAUUCUAUGUCAUUAUUAUUAUUAAAUAUUGUGAUCAGCUGUGAGAAAGAAAUUCCAUAAAUUAUUUUGUGCAGAGCUAAAUUUUUCUCAGUGAUGGCCUCUGAGGAAAACAACGCGUUAUGAAACUUAAUGUAUAUUUAUCUUUAGAUUAUUUUGUGUUUACAGCAGAUCAGCUGAAUUCU